UACAGGUGGAAGUGCUGUCUCUGGCGUGGCAUCUGAAAAAGCUGUAACCUCAAGCGAAAGCAGUUCGUCUUCUGCUGCAGGUGGGGAAUCAGGUUCCACAACAGGCCUCUCUAGUUCCUCCGAGUCAACAAGCGCUGGAAGCAGUAGUACUCAGGAUACUGCACAAGGGUCUACAACUGAUGCUGCCAACGACAUACCUGGUAAUCUUGCGGAAUCCCAUAUUUCGGACACAAGUGGAAGUUCUUCUAGCGUGGCAUCUGAGGGAACUGUGACUUCAAGCGAGAGCAGUCUGUCCUCCGCUUCUGGUAAGGAUUCAAGUACCACAGCAGGGUUGUCCGGUUCCUCUGAUUCCUCGAACUCUGGAGGCAGUAGUUCUCAAGAUGCCGCUCAAGGGUCUACAACAGACCCUGCCACUGACGCACCUGGUCUUCUGGCGGACUCCCCUGCUUCGGAUACAAGCGGUAGUGCUCCCUCUAGCGUGGCUUCUGAGGGAACAGAAAGUAGCUCUGUUUCAGGACAAGCCUCUCAGACAGCAACUGCUGAAAGUGCCGGCGGUUCUGCAUCUCAAGUGGUCACAAGUCAAACAUCAGAGGGAGCCGAAGUGAACACUAUUCCGGGUCAAGAUCACAUUGAUAUUGCAGGUCAUACCUCUACCACGGGUGGGUCUUCUGACUCUCUCACAACGGCUACCGAAUCUUCGAGUGGCUCUGGUGCCGAUUCCUUAACAAAGUCUGACAGUACCUCUAACGAAGCUGACCACGUGACUGACUCAACCACUUCAGGAAUAUCGAGUACCACUCAAACAGAACAAGCUGGCGAGUCAUCGACUACUGGAGGUGCGGGCCUUACUUCGAUUGAAGGAUCAAGCCAAUUAUCUGCUGGAACCGAUGCCAAUACUACUCCAGGCCAGGAUCAUGUUGAUGUCACAACUCCCACUCCCUCCAACGAAGGCUCUUCGAGCUCUUUUACAACUACUACUGCAUCUUUCAGCGGUUCGGGUAUUGCAUCUUCAGAUACGUCCAGCGAGGGAGCUCAUGACAGUGCAACUGUUGAAGGCGUUUCAACUGAUGGUACAGCUACUACCCCAUCUGGAAACGCAGCCACUGAUUCUGCCGCGACUGUUGGGGACGGAAGCGCUAGCGGUGAUAUCCAUGAACAUUCUAAUGAUUCUGAGCACAAAACUGAAGACACGACAUCUCCCUCGGUAGCGACAACUGCUGGAGCAAUUACAACCGCAGGCGUUGAAGCAGCAUCGACUGACAGCGGCUCGACUGCGAAGCUUGACGAAGGAACAUUUGUUACGAUUGGUGGCGAGGAUAGGUCGGCCGCUUCCGGAGGAAUAGGAACGGAUUCUGGAGUAUCAGGAAGUAGUGAGUCGUCUAGCUCGACCGACUCAAGCGGCACCCCCAAAGCUGAAGGCGCGACGGAAUCAUCCGUAAGUGUUACUACUCAAGCACCAGGGCUUGAGGGCACAACUAGUGGUCUAGGCGAAAAGGCUCCUGAAGCUCCUAGUACAGAAAGCAGCCCGUCAAGUGGUUCUUUAGAUUCCGUUGCCCAGACAGAAGAAGCUAAAACUGGUCUUUCUUUGGACGACCUUCCCCAGCAGGACAGCCCCAAGGCCACUGAUGAAGUGCACGACAACGAAGCCGUUCCAUCUAAAGACAGCACAGCAUCUACUGAUUCAAACAAGGUUACUGAUGAGACACAUGGCCCUGACGCAACCACGACUCCUGGCAGCGUGACUACUCCGUCCGAGCAACGACCCUUUGAUCCAUUUGGAAGUGGCACAUCAGGAACGGCUACCACUGUAGCUGGAGGAGUAGCCGAAGGCGAUGGAGUGACAAAGUCAGGAAAUAUUGAGCGUGAGGAGACUCCAGCCGGAGGUGCUUCCACAUCGCCAACGGACAGCGCUGCUACGACUGAAUCCACUGGAGGAGGGCACGAUGGGGCGGAACCGACAACAGAAAGUCCGGUUGUCACAGAAGAGGCCCACACCGUUUCCGAUGAUGUUCCAACAACGGCUGCUCCUUCGGAUGGCUCUGGAGAAGGCACAGAUCACGGGACAGCGGAAGGAAACGGAGGUGCGACAGAUUCCGGUUCUGACACGGGUUCUUCAGGCAAGGAGCCAAGUCAUACGAACGGCAAUGGAGGACACGGUCACACCAACGGAAAUGGAGGACACGGCCAUACGCAUUAUCAAAGGACGCCCCCAACGCUGGAACAAUUGCUGGCACAGCUUAGCCCAGACGCCAGGAGACAGUACGAACUUGACCACGGUCCAGUCUCUGGUUCGGGUGGUUCAGGAGGCUCGGGUGGUUCAGGAGGCUCAGGAGGUUCAGAAGGGGGAGAGGGAGCCAAUGGUGAGCAUACACCAGACACAACCUCUGCGCCUGGAGGCGAAGGGGAUCAUACAAGUUCUCCUGAUCUCGGCUCCGGUGGAGAAGCCACAACCGAGCCAAGCACGGAGCACGAAUCAACAACUCCAGCUGAAACAGAUGCGAACGGCGGCGAGCACACAACUGCUAAGCCAGUUGAUGGCGAUUCUGGUGACCCUGAUACAUCAGCAUCGGGCGGAGAUGGGUCAAGCGUUGGUGCUCCAACGACCCCUGACGGAACUCACGGAGGUGAAACGACAACGCCGUGCGGGGACGACGUCCACAAAACGGAUGAAGCUACUACUUCCGCACCCUCAUCUCACGAGAAUGGUAGCACUGACAAAAUCUUCCCAACACGAUACGGUGGUGACGGCGCGGAGGCGACUACACCAGCUUCGGGCGACGACCACAACGACCGGGCUGCUCGUUCGGCUUCCGAUUCUGUGGUGCAACUUGUCAGACAAGCACGUCCUCCGGCUCAUGGAAAGACUAGAAGAUCUUCUCGUUCUGCCCGCGCUAACUAGCGUCAGAAUUCUUCCGCUCAAGGAGACCGUGAUACAAGGGUUCAGAGCGAUCAGUCGUUCAUGACUUAAUUGCUGUAAAUAACUUAUUUCUAGACUGAAAGGGGACACCAAGGCGAACGAAGUCUUGGUACGGUGGCAGCUACAAUUUCACACCACACGAAGAGCUUUGGUUGAGUGAACCUAACUUUACAUGGAUCGCCAAGCUACGCCAAGAACAUACCCAAUCGAUGAACUUAAUGUACACGCCAAUCGAGUGUUUUUGUAGAUGCCAGGGAAAUUAGACGCAGUCGUGAUCCAAGUCGUGUACCAAAACAAUUGCGGCCGUGUGAUAAAAAAACAAACAAAAAACAACUGCAACAACAACGAGGAUCUCUUUGCAUAAGCGAUAGGUUGCGGCGAUGCUUUUCGAGCGUAAUUAUUGCCAACGACGAGUUGUUGCAGCAACACGAGAGGAGGGAGAUGGUGCAAGUCUCUACAGGCAUGCCUUACUCGCAAAGUGCAAUUCAAGCCCUGAUAAUACGUGCAAGGACUCAUGUUCACAGUGAAACCUUCACUUCUUUAUGCCGUGGUUCGUUUUGGGGAGGGAGAGGCGCCUUGUCGCAUCCUUUGUCUACACUCUUCAUCUGCCCUCCCGAUUAUUAUUAUUAUUCUUUUUAUAAUUGUUGUUUUCACAUGGUUCGAUCAUCAACUGUUCAAUGAGGCUGGUAAUGUAUUAUUGGUGUGCUUGCCAAUAAAACACCUUUUUGGACGGUUUUGUUUAAAAAAAA